CAUACACCAAACCCUGUGAAAAAAUCAAAUCCCUGUUUAAUUAACUUGUUGCAUUCCAUCCAAAAUUAUACACCAUCUGAGCUAAAAGACUCUAGAGAAAUCACCACGCUUUCCAAACCAACUCAAGCACCAUGGCCAGCGGCACCAGGGAACUCGACGACUUCGAAUUAGACGUGCAGGGAUUUAUGCAUAGCAUCCAAAAUAAAACACCAGGCGAGGGGCAAGCCUAUUGGGACAUUGACCAAAACCGCGCAAAUGUCCGACUCGAAUCCGCCAGCAAAGGGCCACCAGCGCGCGUCACAUACCGACUAACCGUGACCCCUCAAAUGCGCAAUUCGAUGGACAGUCUGCACGGGGGCUGCGCGGCCACUAUAAUCGAUAAUCUGUCGACAACAAUUCUGAUGGCGGUCUCGAAACCCGGGAUGUUUCAGUACGGAGGGGUCAGUCGGAAUCUGAAUGUUACAUAUCUCCGUCCUCUGCCGCUGAAUACCGAUAUGAGGCUUAUUUGUGAGGUUGUGCAGAUGGGGAGGAGAUUGGCGUUGCUGAAGGCGGAGAUUAGGAGGGUGGAUGACGAUGCGUUGUGUGUGGUUGCUGAUCACCAGAAGGCUAAUACAGACCCGGAGGCGGAUCAGAAAUUAUGAGGGAGUGAACUAUGAUGGUGUUAUGUCUAGACUCACGAUGGCCGAAUUGUAUAUAGGUGGAUAUGUGGAUGAUCGCUGGAUUAUACGAUGGGACAAUUUUCCUUUGCUAUGUGAUUUAGUAAUCUUGUCUUAUAGUACC